GUAUUAUAUAUGUCCAGGUAUCAGUGUGUAAGACCAAUUGAUCGCUCGCUCGCGAACUCUAUAAAUGGUGGCCUCCAGGGCAUGGGUCUAUCAGUCAAAUUAGCUGGAGAAAUUAGCUGCUAUUAGCAACAUACUUGAUGGAUAUGACUGCUAUGAGGAAGCCAUUAGUACUAGCAGUAGCGUUGUCGGCUAUAUUGCUGCUGGCGGCGGCGGCGGCGGACGUGGACGUGACGGUGAGGGACAGUGACCUGGAGUCGGAGGAGACGAUGUGGGAUCUGUACGAGCGGUGGCGCCGCGUGUACGCGUCGUCGUCGCAGGACCUGCCGUCGUCGGACAUGAUGAAGAGCAGGUUCGAGGCGUUCAAGGCGAAUGCCAGACAAGUGAACGAGUUCAACAAGAAGGAGGGCAUGAGCUACACGCUCGGCCUCAACAAGUUCUCCGACAUGAGCUACGAGGAGUUCGCCGCCAAGUACACCGGCGGCAUGCCCGGAUCCAUCGCCGACGACAGAAGCAGCGCCGGCGCCGUGAGUUGCAAGCUGCGGGAGAAGAACGUGCCCUUGACGUGGGACUGGAGAGACAGUAGAGCUGUCACUCCUGUCAAGGACCAAGGCCCUUGCGGGAGCUGCUGGGCCUUCUCUGUGGUGGGGGCAGUGGAGAGCAUCAACAAAAUCAGGACAGGGAUUCUGCUGACGUUGUCGGAGCAGCAGGUUCUGGACUGCUCCGGCGCCGGCGACUGCGUCUUCGGGUACCCCAAGGAUGCAUUCAACCACAUCGUCAACACAGGCGUAUCUUUGGACAGUCGCGGAAAACCUCCGUACUAUCCUCCAUACGAGGCCCAGAAGAAGCAGUGCAGAUUCGACCUUGAGAAGCCUCCAUUUGUGAAGAUCGACGGCAUAUGCUUCGCUCAGUCUGGCGAUGAAACUGCUCUGAAGCUGGCAGUGUUAAGCCAACCCGUGUCCGUUAUCAUCCAAAUCAGCGACAGAUUCCAUUCGUACCACGGGGGUGUUUUCGAUGGACCGUGCGGAACGGAGACUAAAGAUAACCACGUGGUGUUAGUGGUAGGGUAUGGCGUGACCACAGAUAAUAUUAAAUACUGGAUCGUCAAGAACUCUUGGGGCGAAGGCUGGGGUGAAAGUGGCUAUAUUCGUAUGAAGCGCGACAUCACGGACAAGAACGGAAUCUGCGGCAUCACUACGUGGGCAAUGUACCCCGUGAAGAAAUAUAUAGUAGCUCAUGAUGAUGCUGAUGUUGCUGCGUACUAAUUUAUUAUUAUGUACGCUGCACUUAAACCUAGUCUGGAUUAUAUUAAAUAAAAGUAUAAGAUGGAUUUAGUAGUGCGAUAUGUAUAUAUGUGCGCGCGCGCGCUGUGGUGUGUUUAAGAAAAUCAAUAUAAAAACUCAGAUGGUGUGUAGUUAUGAAUUA